AUGAGGUUACCGUUCACCACCAAAGCCGAGGACAAGAUUGAGCAUGGUGCUCUGGAAGUAAUUGAAGGCGAAGCUGUUCAGGACAAGAACGAUGUCGCGGUGCAGACGCAGAUCAUCUCGGAAGCGAAGGCCAUUGACAAGACGCAUCACUUCGAUCCCAACUUGUCCGAAGACGUCGUCGAAGCUCUCCAAGAAGCGGCUCGCAACAACAGCAUAGAAAAGGCCAUCGAAGUCGAGAAGACCUUCCUGGAGGACUCUCCCUACGAGUCAGUCCGAGCCGCUGUACGCAACACUGAUGGCGAUGAAGUCGCCAAUACGCUUCGAGCAUGGAUCCUAGGGUUCCUCUUCGUCACUGUGGCCGCUGCUAUCAACAUGUUUCUUAGCAUGCGAAGCCCAGCUAUCACGAUCCCGACAGUUGUGAUUAUGCUUCUGGUCUACCCGGUUGGAUGCUUGUGGGCACGUGUUAUGCCGUCAAGAACCUUCAAGACUUUCGGAGUGACUUGGUCACUGAAUACUGGACCAUUCACCAUCAAGGAACACUCCGUCGUGACUCUCAUGGCGAACGUCACAUACGGCUAUGCAUACAGCACCGAUGCCUUGUUGGCACUGGACGCCAAACCACUCUACCAUCUGCAUCUUGGCUGGGGCUUUCAAUUGCUAUUCACCCUGAGCUCGCAGCUCAUCGGCAUCGCCAUCUCUGGAAUGUUUCGACGCUUCCUGGUCUGGCCAGCAGCUCUAAUUUGGCCUGCAAACUUUUCGAUGACUUCCCUCCUGUAUGCCUUGCAUGACAGGAAGCGAAUGGAUCCAUCCGUAACGAAUGGCUGGAAGAUCUCUGGAUAUCGUUACUUCGCCUACGUCUCCAUUGCCUCCUUCGUACACUAUUGGUUCCCUGGAGUGAUCUGGCAAGGACUCUCGGUGUUCAGCUUCCCAACCUGGAUUGCACCUAAUAACGUCGUAGUCAAUCAGCUUUUCGGGGGAUUCACUGGCUUGUCUCUGAUCCCGCUCACUUUCGACUGGACGUAUGUUAUGGCCUACCUCAGUGAUCCUCUGCUAUCGCCAACAUUCUCUCACCUCAAUACCCUGGUCGGUUUGAUCAUCUUCGUCAUGAUCAGUACGAUCGGGAUAAGCUAUUCUGGAGCCCUUUUCUCGGAGUAUCUACCCAUCAACACAUCGACGACCUUUGACAACACGCAGAACAAAUACAAUGUGACCCAGAUCAUGGGAGACAACUUCACCUUCGAUUUGCAAAAGUACAAGGACUACUCGCCAUUAUUCUUGGCCCCUACCUUCGCUCUCAAUUACGGUCUGUCCUUUGCAGCAUUAACUGCAGGCUUGGUGCACACUGGCAUCUUUCACGGGAAGGAAGUAUGGUACCGCCUCAAAGCAGCGAGGAACCAGGAGCCAGACAUUCACAUGCGGCUCAUGGCCAAGUAUCGCGAGGCGCCGGACUGGUGGUACUUGGUCCUUUUCGUGGUGUCGGUCUUCCUUGGCCUGGGCACUAUCCUGGGCUACAGCUCUCAGCUGCCGUGGUGGACAUACUUCGUGAGCAUCGGCCUUGCUUUGGUCUUUGUCAUCCCAUGCUGUAUGAUCCUUGGGAUUACCAAUAUCAUGCUCAGCUUGAAUGUCCUCUCGCCCUUCCUGGCUGGAUUUAUGAUUCCUGGUCGCCCUGUUGGCGUUAUGAUCUUCAAGGUCUAUAGCACGAUCGUCCUGGGUCAAGCGCAGACGUACACACAGGAUUUGAAGUUCGCGCAAUACAUGAAGAUCGCUCCGAGAACGACCUUUGCCUGCCAGGUCGCGGCGACCUGCUGGGCGGCGAUUGUGCAGAUUGCCACUAUGAAUUGGACUCUGGGAACGAUCGAGGGAGUAUGUGAGUUUGAGCAGAAGAAUCACUUCACGUGUCCCAAUGGACGAACGUUUUUCAGCUCGAGCAUCGUUUGGGGUUUGAUAGGUCCGAAGCGCAUGUUCGGUCCUGGGUCCCUCUACUCCUCCUUCAACUACUUCUGGCUCGUUGGCGCUCUGCUACCGGUAGCAUUCUAUGUUCUGCUCAGAACCUUUCCAUCGAAGAAAUUACGAUGGCUUCAUGCUCCGGUGAUGCUGGGUGCGAUGUCAUGGCUCCCUCCAGCUACGCCGUUGUCGUUCUCGUCCUGGGCAAUCGCCGGUUUGAUCUUCAACUACUGGAUCAGGAAGCGUUUCUACGGUUGGUGGUCGCAUUACAACUACCUUACUGCUGCUGCGCUGGACUGUGGGCUGUUGAUCUCCACGAUUGUCAUCUUCUUGGCUAUCACUUUGCCUGGAGCUACUGUGCCGCAGUGGUGGGGCAAUACCACGGUGUUUGAGACGAUGGAUUAUUUGGGUACAGCUGUCAGACGUACUGUAGGAGUUGGAGAGAAAUUCGGACCUGCAACGUGGUAG